AUGUCCAGCAAGGCAAUAAGCCAGAUCUGCAAUGUUGUUGCACGAAUAACAGGCAUGGAACCGGCUGACGAGGAUGUGUUAGCGAUGGCAAACUUCAUUCAAGCUCUACACGAGUCUUCUAACAACAAGACGGAGUUCUUGUCGAAACUUGAAGAGACCGGAGCAAAUGAGUUGGCAAAUCUCACUUUUGUGGAUGAAAUAGAUAAAAUCCUGAAUCCCGAGUUAUUGACUGUCAAAAAAGAGGAAACAGAGAGCCCUGUAAAGAUCAAAACAGAGACACUGGAAUUCAGUGGGUUGGCAUUGGCAAAUACUGAGGCAGUGGCUAUUAAGGAAGAGAAUGAUUUCAUCAAGAACUUUAAGGUUGAGGAGUCAAAGGAUUUUAUUAAAACAGAACGCAAACCCAAGGUGGUGCGAGAGAGGCCGAUAAAGAGAGAGAAAAUAGAAGACCGUGCUGACUGGGAUGACGAGCCUCUCAACGGUAAGGUGUACCCAGGAGAAGUGCUGGGAAUCAAAGAUUACGGUGUUUUCGUGAGACUAUUUGGUAUCAAGUCGAGGGAUAGGACAGGAGCUCCAAACAAGACUGAGGGCCUAUGUCACGUAUCUUGCAUGGCCAAGCACAGGGUCUCGCACCCUUCAGACUUGGUGAAGAUGGGCCAAGAGGUCUACGUCAAAGUGACUGGAAUUUCGUCUGAUAAGAAGAUAUCGUUGUCGAUGAAAGAUAUAAAUCAAAUAUCUGGUGAGGAGGAGCAAGCCGAGCGUUUUGGAACUGGCUCGAACAACAUGGCUCUGGGUGGAAGAGGCCGGUCGCCCACGCGGGCUUCGUCGAGUCUCAGCAAAAAACACAAAAGGUCGACCUCAGAGAGUCCUGAUCUGUGGGAAUUGGCCCAAAGCUCCAAAGCAUUCGGGGUCAAGAGACAGGCCGUUGAUCUGGAUGAGAUGCAGGCAGAACUCCUGUAUCAGCCCCCAAUGCUAGAUGAGGAAGAGGAUGAGGAGAUAGAGAUCGAAAUAACCAAUGAAGAGCCCCCAUUCUUGAGAGGACAGACAUCCCGAAGUGGAAUCGAACUACCCCCGGUAAAGAUCGUCAAGAAUCCAGAAGGGUCUUUGAACAGAUCGGCCAUGCGCGGAUCCACAUUAAUGAAAGAGGUAAAGGAGAAGAAGUACGAACUGGCCAAAGAAGAGCAACGAAAGCUUCGCGAAGAAAAAAAGACAGACACCGCAGAAGAUCCUUUCAACCAGCAGCAGGUUUACUCAAGGACAGAUAUGGAAAGGCGAGCUUACAUGGGCCAAUCAUCUCGAUUCGAACAAUGGCAGAAGGAGAACAAGUCCGCAUCUCUGGGGAAGAGAACAGACUUAAGUAUAGCACAGCAAAGAGAAACACUUCCCGUAUACUCAAUGAGGUCCAAGCUGGUGGAAGGUGUACGCAACAACAAGUUUUUGGUCAUUGUGGGUGAAACAGGCUCCGGAAAGACGACCCAAAUAACACAAUAUCUAGCUGAAGAAGGUUUAGCUGAUAAAGGCUUGAUUGGGUGUACUCAACCACGCCGUGUGGCUGCCGUCAGCGUUGCUAAGAGAGUUUCAGAAGAGGUGGGCUGUAGGGUGGGUGAUGAGGUAGGAUAUACCAUCAGAUUUGAGGAUGUGACCAGUGCAAAGACCAAAAUCAAGUAUAUGACGGAUGGUAUGCUUUUGAGAGAGGCGAUCAAUGAUCCUUAUAUGAGACGGUAUUCCGUCAUUAUGCUUGAUGAAGCUCACGAAAGAACAAUCGCUACUGAUGUGCUUUUUGCAUUGCUUAAAGUCGCUGCUCAAAAGAGAGACGAUUUGAAAGUCAUAGUCACUUCGGCUACUCUUGACGCUAACAAGUUCUCGACUUUUUUUGAUUCAUGUCCCAUUAUGCAAAUUCCUGGUAGGACUUUUCCUGUGGAAAUUUAUUAUUCUGCUGAGCCCGAGAUGGAUUAUGUUGCUGCAUGUCUUGACUCCAUCAUCUCUAUCCACCUGGAGCAACCUGCUGGGGACAUUCUGGUUUUUUUAACCGGAAAAGAAGAAAUCGAUACCUGUUGUGAAACUCUACUGGAGAGGAUGCAAGUAUUCUAUGAUCAAGGGGACACGCCCGAGCUGUUAGUACUUCCCAUAUACUCUUCUCUGCCUUCGGAAAUGCAGACGAAGAUUUUCGAGCCUACUCCUGCAGGUAAGCGGAAGGUGAUUCUUGCUACCAAUAUCGCAGAGACCUCUCUAACCAUUGAUGGUAUCUACUAUGUUGUGGAUCCGGGCUUUGUCAAAAUUAACGCAUACGACCCCAAGCUGGGAAUGGACUCGCUGAUAGUGUCGCCUAUUUCAAAAGCCCAGGCCAACCAGAGAGCUGGUAGAGCAGGAAGAACGGGACCAGGAAAGUGCUAUAGGCUCUACACAAAGUCUGCAUAUGAAAAGGAAAUGAAUCCGAAUACCAUACCCGAAAUUCAGAGGCAAAAUUUGUCCCACACUAUUCUCAUGCUGAAGGCAAUGGGCAUCAACGACCUGUUGAAUUUUGAUUUCAUGGAUCCUCCUCCUGUAAACUCUAUGGUGACGGCUUUAGAGGAGCUGUACACUUUGACAGCGCUAGAUGCAGAUGGUUAUCUAACCCAGCUUGGUCGAAAGAUGGCAGACUUCCCCAUGGAACCAGCCUUGGCUAAGACUUUAAUAGCAUCCUUCGAUUUUGGAUGCUCUGAAGAAGUGCUUUCUAUUGUUGCCAUGCUUUCUGUCCCAGAUGUUUUCUACAGUCCGAAGGACAAGAGGGAGCUUGCAGAUAGAAUGAAGGCCAAAUUCAAUGAUCCAACCGGGGACCACAUUACGUUGUUGAAUGUCUACGAACGCUGGAUUGAUAACAACCAGUCCAAGAUUUGGUGUCAGGAACAUUUUAUUCACGAUAAGAGUCUGAGAAGGGCAAAGGAGGUCAGAGGUCAACUGUUGAAGAUUAUGUCCAAACAUAAGCAUUCUCUCAGCAGUUGUGGUGGUAACAUCGACCUAGUCAGAAAGACGUUUUGCUCGGGAUUUUUCAAGAACUCUGCAAAGAAAAGCUCUGAAGAAUCCCUAUUCAAAACGAUUAUCGAAAACACACCUGUUCAUAUUCAUCCUUCAUCGGCACUUUUCAAGAAGACGCACGCUGAAUACGUUAUGUUUCAUACACUGGUGCUCACAGCGAAGGAGUAUAUGCGGUAUGUUACCAAGAUCGAACCGAAGUGGCUUGUUGAAUUGGCACCGACAUUUUUCCAAGUUGCUAACCCCCAGGAGCUUAGUGCUAGAAAGAAAGCAAUAAAAAUCCAGCCGUUGUUCAACAAGUUUGAUGAGCAGCAGACGUGGAGAAUCAGUAAGCGGAGAGGAUAA